UCUCCAUGGAAUCUAAUAUUAGCUCCUGUUCUGCUUGUCUUGUCUCCACAGGUGGUCCAUCACGCUGGUCUUCUCCUCCAUGUGACUGCUGCUGCAAGAACCACAAGGGUGAUGGCGAAGGGGAGAGUGGCACUUCUUUCAACGAGCUUUCAACCUCCAGCUCGGAGAGCCAGUCGGAGACCAGCUCUCCCCAGGGAACAGUCAUUCGAGGUCCAGUCAGCCGUCAGUCGCAUCCUCAUGCCAAGGUCCAGACCCUCGACAGGCCACCUAAGAAAGGCCCAGUUAGCAUGAUUCAGCAGUCUGACCAGCGACGAAAGAGUGACUUGCUGCGCACUCUGACAGCCAGCUCGCGAGACACCAGUGGCUGCAAGAAACGGCCCGUAAAAGAAAAGCCAACGGUUCAGGAGGAGCUGCAAAAAUGCAUUCAAGACUUCCACAAGAUCAAGAUCCCAGAGAGGUUUCCUGGAAGGCAGUACGUGUGGCAGACCGACCUGCUGAGAAAGUACCGCCUUUGAGCCUGAAUUUUGGAGGGAAGCACGGAGGGAGCAAGCAAGCACACGGCCACGGAUCAGUUUACGUGUUUUUCCAUCAUGGAUUUUUUCAAACAAAAUCAACUUUGGGGAGGACACUUCCUGACAGGAUGUUGAAAGUCAAGAGAAAGAAAAAAUCAUCUAAAAAGGCAGUUGCAAAGGCUCUUGGUAAAUGUAGUAUGUACAGUAUGUGUUUAUAUGUAGUUUAGACCAAGUAUAUACUGUAUGUAUGUGCAGUAACUUGCAGACUGCAUCAGCAUUGGACCAAAACAGCAGAGCUAACUGAUCAAACAGCUGAAAUCAUUACUGGUUGCACCUGGUGUUACUGAUGGCUAAUGGAUUGCACGGACUGUAAUCAGCCGUCCUUUUGACUGAAAAAAUUACAAAGCAACAUUUCUGAUCCAACAAAGACAAACACUGAUUUACUGCGUGAUUGUAUGAGUGCGGUGGUGUGUACGUGUGUGUUUGUACCCAGGUGGCCUGGAGGUCAAAGAUAAAUCUGCAUCGGGACUCAUCAAUAAUUCAUGCAGUUCCAACAGAGCUCUCACCAUAAAUACUCCCUGAGAUCUCUGCUGCCACAGUGGCACAAACAGCUGGGCUGAUUACUUUACUUUUAGGUAACAUUUGGAGACUCUUGAGCCAGAAGGACGCACAAUUUCAUCAGCAUAUAAAUUAAUUCCCCUUCUUAGAGGCAGGUUAUGUUGCAAAUGUGCCCCAAGAGCACCAAGCAGCAGCACAUGGCUGUAAUUUUUACAAAGCUGCCUGGAUGUAGAUCAACAGUCAGUUGUGAGGGAAAGAGAAAAAGCGAAGGUUUGGUGGAACUGAGUAAAACUCCAACAGUCAUCGCAGUAUAUUCACAUAAACAAAAAACAAAACAAAUCAAAUUUUUUUCCGCCUUACUCAUACUGAACAAUAAAUCAUGGUAUAAUUAAAGCCUCACUUGGUUUGACAGUACUGUACAGACAGAAAAGGCUGUACUAGUGGUGUUUUCUAACUCUGCCAACAUGGUUCGAGGCUUUCCACACUUACUGUUGACAAGCUAAUCAAUAGUUAUUGAUGAUCGGUCUGAUGAAAGAGCUGAUAUAUGUAGUUCUUGUUUACAGUUACUAAUGAAGUCUUUGGGUUUCUAACAAAAAGAUACAACUCGUGAUUCAUUAAAGGUUAGCCAUUACUCUUGUAUUUAAGUUAGUAGAAGCGAGGGAAUGUAUUGCAAAGCAGCUACAGAAACUAGGACAGCAGUGAUCUUUAAAAAAACUGCUACCAUACUAGAUAAAUAAAGUUACUUCACCUUUUUAUUGGAAUUAUAAUGGAAAACACUAAAGUCCAAUUUGAAUUACGUGGUUUAAAAUGGAUGACAAUCAGUUGGUAAAAGUUUUUGCAUUUAUUUAAAAAAAGAGUCUUUGUCAAACUAAUUAUUUUCUUUUUGCCAGAGUACAUUUCACUUGCUGGGUCAUCUGAAGAGACGUUUCAUCUAAAGAACAUAGAGGGUAUGCCCCAAUAUUCAGAUUUUUGAAUGAUUGCAUUAAAGUAAUUGGCUGCAGUUAACUCUUGAUAUGUUAUAUUCUCAAAAGUAUUUUGUUGUCCCUUUCACACACAUGAACUUAAUGAUAUUUAGAAACAUCUUGCACAGGAUAACAUAGUAACAGAAGCUACUGAGAGGAGGGUAGUUUGUCCUUUAAAGACGUCAGACAGCUGUAGGACUCCAGAGGAAUUGGUCAAUCAGAUGACAUUAUCAUUAAGCAUUACUACACUGAGAGAAAGUGUGGAAAUUUAUGCUUUAUAGAAAAUGUAGACAUCCGCAAAUGCUUAAUGUUAAAUAAAUAGAAUCGAAAUCUGUGACCGAAAAAUGUCAAUCAAGAAAUCCCUAGACAAAAGCAAUACACUUAAUAUUAAACAGUGAGAACAACAAUGAAACGAAACACUGUUGGUCCCCAGCUAACUGUGCAUGAAAAAAGAAUGAAGCACUCAGAGAAAGGCUCCUAUAAUGACAUAAAAAUGACUAAAUGUUGUGUCUGUUGGAGGAUAUUCGGGGUGUCCUUAAGGUAUCUGUCUUGUGUGUAAGUGAAAAGAAAAAAUCUUCAAAGAACAGCAAUAUAUUUGGAAAAGAACUAAUAGAAAUCUGACAUAAAGGAUUUUAUCUGAACUUUAAUAUUCUUAAAGUUGAAAUGGUUUGGGUUUUGAAAUUAUUAAAAAUUUUAGUUAUUCUUUUAUUAUUUCAAAGCACAUAUUAUUAAAACAAAUAUAACAAACUUACUAAAUACAUUGGUUUAUAUAUAGGUUUAUUUAAAAAAUGCCCCUACAAAUGCUUUAUUACUAUAGUUAUUUUUAUAUCCGAAGGACUUUUAUUUCAAUAUAAUUACUGAAAUGUUGUCAUACUGGCCACAAAAUGCAUUUAAUGUGAGAGUUUACAGAGAGCUAUUAUUCACAGAUGCCCAUUUAUCAGCUCAGAUUUAUAGUAAUUUAUAGUAGGGCUCAGGAAACGUGUUGCAGUAGGUUCCAAAUGAGAAACAGCCAUUCUCCUCAUGUUAAAUGCGAGGUAUAACAGGGCUUAUUUUUCUAUGUUUCCACAAUAUUUCAGUUUUACUUUCAUGUAUUUUAUCAUUUUUGUUCUAAGACCAAUUCUUUUCAUCUGGGCUACAUAUCAUAUGUAAAUAAGCACAAUAAAUCAUAUUCAAGUAGAACAAUGUAAUAUACUCUGUAUAUAAAACAUGUAGAUCCGUGACGCGCUGCUGCUCUGUUAUCUCAGUGAUCCGCUUAAAAUGUGUAUGCCGCUCUUUGUUUUGGCAUGUAAUACUUGGCCAUCACAGGUGAAAGAAAAUAAAUUACAUAUAUGUAAAUUACAACAACUUUUCUGUAAUUUCAUUUAGGACAACAGUAUUAAAGGGAACAGUCAGCAUUUUUGCCUCCGAAUGCUGCAGAAAAAGUCAAAUAUCACUAAAAUAUUUCAACAAUCAAAUUUUCUGUAAGUUGAGUUGUUCUAAAAGGAUAAUUGGCUAAAAGGUUGUUUAAAAUUGAAACUUGUAAAUGCAAGCUGGACAGGAAUAGAUCAAGAAAUUGUAUGGUGCUGAACGCGUUUUACAAUGAUUUAUCAGUAGGUCUUCUAUAUUUUAGUCCAAAGCAUCAGCUAUGGAUUAUGCAGCCAUAACUGCAUGGAAAAACCUUUUCAGUAAAGUUGGAAUGCAAUAAAAGUGCAUUUUCAGGGGAAAAUAAUAAUGAAAAACCGUCUGCACAAAAGAAUAACAACAACCAAGUCUACUCAAAACCAACAAGGAUAAAAGGAGUAAUUUUGUUGAGUUCUUGUGACUACUCAAUACACUCAAUAAUCAUGUUUCUACUUUCUGCAUGAAAUGAAACAGUAAUGUAAAGCUAAAAUUCAAUACGUUGAGCCUAUUUCAUGUUGUUAGCAUCCACAUGUUUUUUCCACAGCAGAGUACAUAUUAUGUAGGGCCUUUUGAAAAAACAACUUAAUUUUUUUGAUCAGUAUGUACUUGUACAAGACAGAAGGGAAGGAAAAAGGAUCAAAUUUCUUCUCCUAAGGCCCAGAGUUGUCAGCAAUAUUGAAUACAGUGUCAAGGAACACUUUUUUUGACAUUGUUCCUCUGAAUACCUUUGAAACUCUCUGUAAGUUUCCUUACAAAAUAAAACGUAUAUUUUAGUUAGUUUGUUCUGAAGCACAACUGAAAAAUUAUUCAGGAUCAAUUAUUUGAUAAUGGGAUUAAAAACAACUUAAUUUUAGUUCAAUCUUCUGUUACCUGAACUUCAAUCAAUAUUGUUUAAUGCUUGAAUUCACAUUUCUGAUAAGCAUAAAGGUUCAAACACACAUUACAUUAUAUGGAGAGAUCCCUGACUGUCUGGUUGCACAGCUUUUAGCUCAUAUGGAGUUUUGGAAAAUAUUAAUACCCCUUAUACAUUUUUUCAGAUUUUUUGCAAAUAAGUACUUACAUGUACUUAUUUAUUUAUGUUUACUUGCACAGAAUAGUGUAUCAUUGUAAAAUAAUACACUAUGACAAAUAAAAAUCUGAAAAGUGUGGUGUGAAUAUGUAUUCGGUACACUACUCCAAUAUCCCUGGAUAAAACUCCUUCACAAAUUAUUUAAUUAGUGAUUAGAGUCUGAUAUGUUAUUUCAUCUCAGUAUAAAUGGAGCUUUUUUUUUUUUUGAAAGCCUCAAAGGUUUUUUGUAGGUCGUUAGUGCACAAACAACAUUAUGACGACCAAUUGACACAUCAGAUAGGUCAGGGAUAAGCUAUAGAGAAUUUUAAAGCACGGUUAGGUUAUAAAAUUAUAACCCAACCUUUCAACAUGAAGCCAAGUUGAAAUUAACAUCAAAAAAUUGAGAGCAUGACAAAUCUGCAAACCUAUCAAGGCAUCCAUUUCAACUCAGAGGCCUUGCAAAGAGAGCAUGGAUCACAGAAGCAGCAAAGAGGCUCAUAGUAACUCUGGAGGAGGAGCAGGCACUCACAACCCAGGUGAUGCAGACUACCUGCAAGACUUUGGGAAACACUAUGUGUGGUGGAAGAAAAAUUCUCUGAACACACCAUGUUUAACAUAUAAUUGGUGGCGUAAUUUUGGGAUAAAUCUAAAUGUAAAUGAGAAUUGUUUGGUAAAACUUUAAAAGUAAUGCUCGCAAACACUUUCCAUUCAAUGUGACUAAGCUUUAGCUAUGCUGUCAAGAAAAUGGAUAAUUAUUUCAGUUUCUAAAUGUUUAAAGCUGAUUGUAACAAAUGUUUAAUAAGGAAGGAGUUAGCAGAAUUCAGGUGCAUGCCACACUGUUCAGAGUUAAAAAAUGUUUAAGUUUUGAAAGUCAUGUACUAUGUUCCUUCUCAUUCAAAGUUAAACACUACUUUUCUACAUACAAAUGUAUUAAUUUUUGCAGUUGUCUCCUGAUGGAAUGUGGAAAAACAUCAAGGUGUUUUGAUAGUUUUGCAAGGCUCCAUAAAACUGUAAAGUAGCAUUUGGUUUUCUUGCACAGUUCAUUUUCAGUCCAUGUUUAACAGAAAAUAUAAGCUGCUACCAGGAUCUGUUUGCUUGACUCUGUCUGCUGCUUCUUCUUUUCUUUUGUUUUGCUUUGAUACAUUCUAGAAACAAGGUCAUCCAUGCAGCUGAAAGUAAAAGUCAUUUGUAAACAUACGAAUGAUUGAAAAUUUAGACAAACGUUUGACACCUGGUGGCCUUCUAGAUUUGUCUACGGCUGUUUUUGCACAAUGUAUAGAAUAAUCUACAACACACAAACAGGGAAGUAUUUGAAAGCAAAGAGUUGCAUCCAUGUCCAGCACAUCAGCACAGAUCCAACUCAUAUCUAUCUUCUAACAUUUUGAGCGCAUGAGUUGAUAUGAGGUUCUUUCUGCUUCAAAUUAUGCUGAUUAAUGUAAUUAGUAAAUCAUGUGUGCAAUUUAUGUCUUAGGACAAAUGUGAUGUUUGAAAAUGAGGAGAACCUGGACCAAUGUAAAGUUUGCCAGUUCGUGUUAUUUUGCAGUACUUUUUUAUGUCUCAAACUGAUUUCCUCCCCUAAAGUUAUGGCCAUGGCCUUUAAAUGAAACCCAAGCACAUGACUGAACCUCUUGCUUUUUUUAUGCUGCCUUUGACGACCCUGCCAGCCACAAAAACAAGUCAUAAUAUUCCAACAUCACAAUGGCAGACCUGGAGCCGUGUGUUUGAAGCAAAAGGGCGUGUUUUGAUGUAUGUUGAUGUGACACACAUUACAAAAAGAAAAAAAAAGCAACAAAACAUUGUGAGCAUGUUGGUAUAAACUUAUGACAGAUUUAAAUUAGUCUGUUCUUGUGAAAUGAGUAUGUGACAAACGAAUAUUUGACAGAAAAGAGAACAUUUAAAAAAAAAGAUAAGCACAAAUGUGUCGAUUGUUGCUGUUCCUCCACUGGUGUAUAAAGUUCUUAAUAAAACAACACUGCAACAUGACUGAACUCCUGCAAAACAAAGCAACUCUCAUGACAAGCUUGAUGUUAAUAGAAACUUGAUACACUGCAAAUCAUCAUAGAACUUCUAAACAUUAUUUGCUAACUAGCAUUUCAUAACCCUGUCUUUAAAAAUCUUUAUUUUUUCCUUUGAACUGUGGAUAAAAGUAAUUCACCACAGUAAAACUGAAUUUCAAAGAGUCUGACAUCUGUGCUGAGAGUUGCUCUGUAUUUAAGGUGUUCUGUUCUGUUGCUAUGUCUGCCUUUAUAGACAGUACAAUUCAUUUGAAAGUCUUUAGAAAAAAAGCUGUCAUUUUGAAAAUGUAUGAGUACAACCAAUAAACAAGAUGAACUAUACAGCUA